GGAGCCCGCGCGGUUCCCCUCAGCGCGCGUGGUCCCCUCAGGGCUCCCGGUUCUCGCAGUUCAGCAAGUGAGGCAGAACGGGUAGUCCCUGGGUUCCCCCCGAGUGUGCGACUCCUUUUCCAAAGUCUUUUCCUGCUGUGGCUUUAGCGGGACUCUGCGAGCUGGGUCGCUUAGAUUCACGAGUGCUCGGGAGGUUCCUCGUCGGGCCCCGGACCGGAGAAUACGUUAGUUUUGAAAACUAAGUGAAAUUGGCCACAGAAAAUCGAGAGCCUCGGUUACAACCGACUUAUCCUGCAAAUUGGUAGAGGAACGGUGGUACCUGAACCCUUCAGUACUGAGUCGUUUACUCUGGAUGUUUACAGGUACAAGGAUUCCUUGAGAGAAGACAUCCAGAAAGCAGAUCUUGUUAUUAGUCACGCAGGUGCAGGAAGCUGUUUGGAGGCUCUGGAAAAAGGAAAGCCACUCGUAGUGGUCAUAAACGAAAAGUUGAUGAACAAUCAUCAGCUGGAACUGGCAAAGCAGCUACACAAAGAGGGUCAUCUCUUUUAUUGUACCUGCAGGGUCCUGACUUGUCCUGGGCAAGCCAAGUCCAUUGCUUCUGCUCCUGGGAAGUGCCAAGAUUCUGCAGCGCUGACUUCAACUGCCUUCUCAGGCCUAGACUUUGGGCUGCUUUCCGGAUACCUGCAUAAGCAAGCCCUUGUUACUGCUACCCAUCCUACCUGCACCCUGCUUUUUCCCUCUUGCCACACUUUUUUUCCUCUCCCUCUCACCCCGACCCUGUACAAAAUGCAUAAAGGAUGGAAAAACUACUGCAGCCAGAAGUCUUUGAAUGAGGCAUCAAUGGAUGAAUAUUUAGGCAGCUUAGGGCUGUUUCGAAAGCUGACUGCCAAGGAUGCCUCUUGCCUCUUUCGGGCUAUUUCGGAGCAGUUGUUUUGCAGCCAGGUCCAUCAUUUGGAAAUCAGGAAGGCUUGUGUCUCAUAUAUGAGGGAAAAUCAACAAACUUUUGAGUCUUAUGUGGAGGGAUCUUUUGAGAAAUACCUGGAACGGUUGGGAGAUCCCAAGGAAAGUGCUGGCCAGCUGGAAAUAAGAGCUCUUUCUCUAAUUUAUAAUCGGGAUUUCAUUCUUUAUCGCUUUCCUGGAAAACCUCCAACUUAUGUCACAGAUAAUGGCUAUGAAGACAAGAUUCUACUCUGCUAUUCAAAUAGUGGUCACUACGAUUCUGUGUACUCAAAACAAUUUCAGUCAAGUGCAGCUGUUUGUCAGGCUGUAUUGUAUGAAAUUCUCUAUAAAGAUGUGUUUGUUGUGGAUGAAGAAGAGUUGAAAACUGCGAUUAAAUUGUUUCGAAGUGGUUCUAAGAAGAACAGAAAUAAUGCUGUGACUGGAAGCGAGGAUGCCCAUACUGAUUACAAGAGUUCAAAUCAGAAUAGGAUGGAAGAGUGGGGUGCCUGCUACAAUGCUGAAAAUAUACCAGAGAGCUACAAUAAAGGAACAGAAGAAACAAAGUCUCCAGAAAAUCCAUCAAAGAUGCCCUUCCCCUAUAAGGUGCUCAAAGCCCUGGAUCCGGAAAUCUAUCGUAAUGUAGAGUUUGAUGUUUGGUUGGACAGCAGAAAAGAACUUCAAAAAUCUGAUUACAUGGAGUAUGCUGGGAGACAGUACUAUUUGGGAGACAAGUGUCAGGUUUGCUUGGAAUCAGAUGGAAGAUAUUAUAAUGCUCAUAUCCAGGAAGUUGGAAAUGAGAACAAUUCAGUAACAGUCUUCAUUGAAGAAUUGGCAGAAAAGCAUGUUGUUCCACUGGCUAACUUAAAACCAGUUACCCAAGUGAUGCCUGUUCCUGCCUGGAAUGCUAUGCCCAGUCGGAAAGGAAGAGGUUAUCAGAAAAUGCCUGGGGGAUAUGUCCCAGAAAUAGUUAUAUCAGAGAUGGACAUAAAGCAACAGAAGAAGAUGUUCAAGAAAAUUCGAGGAAAAGAAGUUUACAUGACUAUGGCUUAUGGCAAGGGAGAACCCCUCCUCCCACCCAGGCUACAACACAGUAUGCAUUAUGGGCAUGAUCCUCCAAUGCACUACUCACAGACAGCUGGCAAUGUUAUGUCUAAUGAACAUUUUCAUCCUCAACAUCCAUCUCCGAGACAAGGUCGGGGAUAUGGGAUGCCCAGGAAUUCAUCUCGGUUUAUAAACAGGCACAACAUGCCGGGCCCUAAAGUUGAUUUUUACCCAGGCCCAGGUAAAAGGUGCUGCCAGAGCUAUGAUAACUUCUCUUACAGAUCUCGUUCAUUUAGACGUAGUCACCGCCAGAUGAGUUGUAUGAACAAGGAGUCCCAGUAUGGAUUUGCCCCAGGGAAUGGACAGAUGCCCAGGGGCUUAGAAGAAACUAUUACUUUUUAUGAAGUUGAAGAAGGGGAUGAGACUGCUUAUCCAGCUUUACCUAAUCAUGGAGGUCCCUCUACAAUGGUUCCUGCUACUUCAGGAUACUGUGUUGGAAGGCGGGGACAUAGCUCAGGCAAACAGACUUUGAAUUUAGAGGAGGGCAAUGGCCAGAGUGAAAAUGGGGGAUAUCAUGAAGAAUAUCUUUAUCGUGCAGAGCCAGACUAUGAAACUUCAGGUGUUUAUAGCACAACUGCAUCUACAGCAAACUUGGGGCUUUGGCUAUACUUGAACACAGACUUUGGAAUUGUCCGUGUUAAGUGGGGCUCACCUUUUCACAGUAAGUCUCUUCAGGACAGAAAAUCAUGUUCUAUGUCUCCUCAGGACACAGUUACCUCGUACAACUACCCCCAGAAGGUGAUGGGAAAUAUUGCAGCAGUUGCAGCUUCCUGUGCCAAUAAUGUUCCAGCUCCAGUCUUAUCUAAUGGUGCAGCAGCUAAUCAAGCUGUUAGUACUACUUCAGUUUCCUCACAGAAUGCUAUACAGCCUCUAUUUGUAUCUCCACCUACACACGGCAGGCCAGUGAUUGCCUCACCAUCCUAUCCAUGCCAUUCUGCUCCUAUUCCUCAUGCUGGUGCCUCUCUACCACCACCACCACCACCACCACCACCGCCACCACCACCACCACCACCUCCUCCUCCUCCUCCUCCUCCUCCUCCUCCUCUUGAUGUGGGAGAGGCUUCAAACUUACAACCACCACCACCACUACCACCUCCACCUUAUUCCUGUGAUCCAAGUGGCAGUGAUUUGCCUCAAGAUACAAAAGUUUUGCAGUACUAUUUCAAUCUAGGAUUACAGUGCUAUUACCACAACUACUGGCACUCCAUGGUCUAUGUGCCACAGAUGCAGCAGCAGCUUCAUGUAGAGAAUUAUCCAGUCUAUACUGAGCCACCUCUGGUAGAUCCAACCAUUCCUCAAUUUUACAGUGAGGUGAGGAGAGAAGAUGGCACACAGGCGGAAGCAUCAGCAAAUGAUACUUUUCCGAAUGCUGAUCCUUCAUCUGUCCCUCAUGGAGCAGUCUAUUAUCCAGUAAUGUCAGAUCCCUAUGGGCAGCCACCUUUGCCAGGUUUUGACUCCUGCCUCCCAGUUGUGCCAGAUUAUUCCUGUGUUCCCCCCUGGCAUCCAGUUGGUACAGCAUAUGGUGGUUCUUCUCAAAUUCAUGGUGCUAUAAAUCCUGGGCCAAUUGGCUAUCUUGCUCCAUCUCCCCCAGCUUCUCACUAUGUACCUCAGGGUAUGUAAGAUCCAGCAGUAUGAAGUAUUCUUGCACUGCCAUUUUCUUGCUGUUUUUGUUUUUAGAAAGUUUUUUAUGUUAGUGGUUAAAUGAUUUAGGUGAUUAGUGUUUACUAUUGUAUUUGUCUUUAAAAUUAUUUUACCUUUUGAUUUAAAAUAGUACUUUAAAAUAAAGGGAUAUUAUUUUGGGCUGUGACUAAGGAAAUUGAGAUGGAUGUACAACUAGCCCCAUAUUGAGCAUACUUCAUUGUAUUCAGCUAUUUUCCUGUCAGCCAUUUGUCAGCUUUAUAUUAGCUGAUGGUACCAAUUGAUAAAAUGAAUAUAAAGUAUUUCAUUGGUUCAGAGAUCACACAUCAUAUUAAACCAUGCAGAAUUGGAAUAACUUGAACUUUUUUCUAGAAAGUAAAACCAAGAGCCUUUGCUUCUGGGUAACUCACUUAAUAUUAAAUUAAAGAGCUCUUCAGGUUUCUUGAGAAUUGUCUGAAGCCAGUUGCAUUCUGUGAUAUCAGUUUUGAAGGCACAUGGUUCUCUGCUUUAGAUUUAUCCCAUACGCUAUUGUUUAAUACUGGAUGUAUGUAAGUGUUUUACUGCACUGUAUUGAAUUGGUGUCUUUUGCACAGUUAGCAGUAAAUAAAAAAUAGCAUUUAAAAUUGCCAAAA